UCUAGGGGCCCAUGGGCUGGCAGGUUUUGUAGAAAGUUUUUCCUGCUGAAUAUAUCUGUAGAUUUUGCACAGCCAAGAAAGCAGAAGUCCAGUCAUUGACUGCUGGUUAUUUUGAGCGUAGAAGACGGGAACUUCAUGAAGCCCAUUUGAAGAGUGCGCUCGAAACGGCAAGUGCGUGCUGUGGAGUUAAACGGGAUUGCAUUUUGAGUAGGAAUCUCACCCAUUUUCAUGUCCCAGCAGGCUGCCCUCCAGAUGUAGCACAGGAUCUAUUGGAGGGCAUAAUAGUGCCUCUGAGUUUUUUUAUCGUGAAAUAUUCAACCAGUGUUUUUGUUGUUUAUUGUUUAGGUUCAUACAAUGGCCCAGACUAUAAGACUGAGGAUUAUCUGAGUUGAAGAUGAUGCCAGGAAGCUGAUUCUGCCAGCAGGGAUACCGGACUCCAUAGAGGAAUUGUGCCAGACAAUAAAGACAGGUUUUGGAUUGCAACAAGAUUUCCGUCUUCAAUAUCAAGAUGCUGAUUUUGGAAAUGACUUCAUAAACCUGUCGGAAAUCUCUGAAAUAAAUGACAAAGCAACUUUAAAGGUUGUUUACUUGUAUACUUUAAACUUGCAAAGUUAUACAGAAGCUGAUGCAAUGACACGUCAACCUCUAGCAGUCCAAAGCUCAACAAGUUCCUUUUAAAUCUCCUCUGUUGACACGGACAACACAGACCCCGCUUCAUCUUCAGGUUCAUCAGCAUCUCCAAGGCACUGGGUUUGGCCAAGUGUCUUCACGGUCCCUAGUUUUAGCUAUGAGGCUGAACUGUAACUUGAAAAGGCCAAAGCUGAGUGCAGUUCUAGUGGAACUGAAACUGAAAUCCCACAUUCUAGAAGGACUGGCAGAAGAAAUUAUUAAACACAAAGCCUACCCAACUGACAAUGAUCUGAAUGAUGUUGCGGAAGCCCUUGUGAAAGAACCUCCCUGUCUGAGGGAGCAGGGGUCCUUCAAUGGCUGUUACGGGUGGAAGAUUAGCCUCAAGUAUAAACUGGCCAACUUCCGGACCAAACUAAGAGGCCUGGGAUGUUAUGAGGUGACGAUAAAUUCACUAAAGAACAAGGCCCAAGAUACAUUUCAGGCAGCGUUGAAUAUGAAAAAGCCCAGAAGGGCAGAAGUCAAUUACUGUCCGCAGCAUCCAAAAGGAGAAACCACUGACACUCUGGAAAACCAGAGAAUUGCACUGCUUCCAGAGAUUAAGAAGAGAAACAACGGCCAUAGAGUGACAGAGAAAAUGGAGAAGACUGAUGAGUGUUUCUCAUAUAGAAGGCAAGAAGUUCCUCAAGGACAGCCCUUGGUUGCCGACUUCAAAAGCAGAUGGCCGGCUCUGUUCACUCAGAACGAGAUGGAUAAAGAGUUCAUGCUCAUAUCAACUGUGCCUCUGCUCUCUACAUUCUUUGCUGAGCUUGACCGGCACUCUCCACGCAUGAUGGAGAUCUUUAGAUGCAAAGGUCGGGCAGCUGGAAGAAAAAUGAGACAUCUCAUGGUGGCCAUCUCCAGGGUUUGUAUUAAAAUGGGUAGACCUCUGCUUAUAAAAUACUUUUUAUGCCCCUGUAUUUAUUGUCAUACUUCACAGAACAUAGACACUGGGGCCAACACUUCCAUGGGGCAAACUGUGAUGGGAGUCUGCGUCAUACAGAAGGUGGGUGCGGAGCCUGAAGAUGAGCCAGAGGACAUUGGUGUCCUGAUUGAGGACGUGGAGGUCCUCAGUGGUUUGGGUAACAUUGCGAUUGCCUGUGCUCUGCUCUUUGGACUGAUAUACUGUCUGAACCUGAGCUACCCACCAGAGCUCAAAUGCACUUUUGAAGUCCUGCAGAAGAUUCUCCUGAACCUGGAUGGGCAGAGGUUGUCGUCCAAGGCCCAGUUCCUGAAAAACAAGCUUCUGCAGUGAAUAAGCUUGAAGAAGACCGAUAGAAACCUGGUAUUUGUACAUAUCUCUGAUUUCUUUUUUUAGUUUUUCGUUUUGAAAUUUCAAAAUUUGAAGUAAGCAAUGGACUGAGACUGUUGUUGAAGAUUGUUGUCUCAGGUUGAAAAGUCUCCUACGUUUGUGUGUGGGUGGAGCAGACACACAGCAUUGUUUUUGAACACACAUCUACACUGAUUUUACUACAUGGACAAUUGUGUCUUUUCUGUGAGUGGAGCAGUCAUACUCGCACACGAACACACAAUGAAUGCCUUCUCUUAAAUGUUAAAGAGAAUAAAUACACCAGUAAUGUUUAUAGACUCCUUUAAAAUUGAGUAUUUGUAUUUACAAAGAUUUUUUGUAAAGACUAUUUCUUUUACAGUAGCUUUUACACUACUGAUUUAUUUUAAUGUUUUUGGGCAGUGCACGACACGUGUUGUAAUAAUUCAGUGUUUAAAAUGGUGUUAAUAUGCAUAUUGUUGUCAUGCAUGUUUUUUUAUUAUGGGCCAAGAAUAUUUUGUAGAUUCCAAUGUCUAUUUUAUUGCAUUUUUAUAAAUGGGUUCAAAAAGUUGAAUUGCUGCACUUAGAGUUUUAAAACUUGAAAUGACGAAGUCAGGCACAAAUCCUAAAAUAUAUUUUUUUAGGCUGUUUUGUUAAUGAGUCUCGACUAUUUUGUUGGCAAAAUAUUCUACAUGCUUUUGUUCCAAAGGUUGGAAAAGAUUCUAAUCCUCUUGCUGCAGUUAGGACUGUUGUUUUUUACAUUCUAAGGUGGAACGCAGGUAAUUUGAGGAUGUGGGUCGGUUUCUAAUAUGAAAACCAAAGGGAAGUUUAGCAUGAGAUGGUUAAAGGGGGAAAGCUGAGAACAGGAUCUGGGCAGUUGUAAAAGCCACAUGUUGAAUAAAAUGUCAAAUGGU